CCGAAGUCGCGCAAACAUUCCCUUUAUUCCCUCUAUGUUUUGCGAUGUUUACACUUGUUUCCUGCUGAAUAUGUAACAGAUAAACUCCUCGGAAUCGAUUGUGAUCGAUGCAUCUGAUUGGAUGAGUUUUCCUCCGGGAGCUUCCGUGUUUUGAAGGGAAGAAGAAACCUCGCCGACGUCUCUAAGCUGCAGGAGCUAACCUGAGCUAGCUGCAGGAGCUAACCUGGGCUAGCUGCGGCGUGCUCGUGCGGCUUUGACUAAAGACAACAACGUCUCGAGCGAAGUGACGUCAUCUCGUUACCGUCAUGACGUCAGCCUCUGCCAAGGUCGGGGAGAUCUUCUCUGCAGCUGGAGUCGCUUUCACCAAAUUAGGAGAGCUGACGAUGCAGCUGCACCUGGCCAAGUGGACGGAGACGGAGAUCGAGAUGCUGCGUCUGGCCGUCCGUCGCUUUGGAGACGACCUGAACAACAUCAGCACCGUGAUCAAAGAGCGCACCGUAGCUCAGAUAAAGAGCACCGUGAAGAGGAAGCUGUACGAGGACAGCCGAGUCCCCAUUUCCUCCGAGACGCCCAAGAAGACCGUGAAGAAGACCUCCGUGGCGCCCGCCAUGCCGACCUCGCAGGUGGUGGUGGCGACGGGCAUGCAGAACAACCCCUCACUGGCCCCUCCCAUCAAGAAGCAGAAGACGGCAGACGUGACCCUCUCUGCUCUGAACGACUCUGACGUGACCAGCGACCUCGUGGACAUCGAAGGAGACGGAGCGUCCAACAAGAAGCUCAACUUCGACCAAGAGAGCCUGAACCUGGACUCCAGCCUCAUCAUGAACUCCAGUGACCUCCCCCUCUUGUCCCGCUGACCUUUGACCUCUCGGCUGAGGGUCAUCCCGAUGAAGCUCGUUUAUGAUCCUCAUGUUUUUAUACAACUUCGUCCUCUUUAAACCUUAAACUGCAGCUUGUUGUUGAAUCACACAAAAAGCUUUUGUGUUUUCCGUGCGGCUGUAAAUCAUCUCACUGAUUUCAUCCUCGAUUUAAUGAUGUAAGGCCUAAAAAUAAUGAUUCACAACUUAACGUUUGAGUUUCUCUGAAUGUUCCAACGAUGAAUAUGAUUUAAAGAAGUUCCCAGAAUCCUCAAAGACUUCAAAGAACAUUUUGUUUUGGUGUCGAAUAGGACGACACGCAGACGAAAUGUAUAAAACUACUUCAGGUCGACUUCUUACUGGAUUCAACACAUAUUUGUAUAUGAAAAUAUUAAAUAUGGGCAGAAAUAAUUUAAUUUUCUAUUGUUUGGAUUCCGGUAAAAAUCUGUUUUUAUUAAACAGGAAAUAUAAUUUAAAGAAGCGUCUUUGAGGAUUCUGGGAAUCUACAGCCUGAAGAACGGGAAACGUAGAAACGUCUCUCCAUCCACGUCUGAAGCGCUGGUGAGAAUCCACUGACCAGCAGGAACCACCGGCGCCAUGACGACCGCCAACUUUGACUUGAACUUUGGACCAAUCAGCGGCUGAGAAAUGUAACAACGUUUUGAUUAUGUUGAGUAAAAAAAACUAAAAACUA